AUCCCAUAACACAAGCAAAGCUUGACUCUCUCUCUCCCAACUGACUCUUUCUCUAAACUGACUCUCUCUCUCUCUCUCUCUCAACUGAUCGGAACAGAAGAUCGAUACAAUAAACAACAUGUCUCUCGCCGUAGCAGUAGCGAACUCUCCUGUAUUUUCACCGUCACACAGAGUCUCAUCAAUCUUCUGCAAACCCGCUAUUUCUUCUCCUGUGAACCUAAGCCUCCAUGGAUCAUCACCAUCAACGCCGUCCUCGUCUUCUCCAGUUCCGUUGUCUCCUUUAACGCUUCGGCUUCACAAUCACAAGCAGCUCAGUGGGUUCCAUAGAGAUUCUUCUAAGGAAGCCCCAAUUUUUUGUUCUUCUUCGUCGUCAGUUUCAACGUCGGCGGCCCUUUUGAAGAGGAAGAGACCGGCGAGGAUCAACAUUCCGAUUGCUCCGUUGAGUUUCGACGCCGCCGUAGGGACGACGGCGGCCGUGGAUAGGCUGAGUGAGGUGGAGGUCGAAGGGGAUGGGUACUCUGUGUAUUGCAAAAGAGGGAAAAGGGGUCCUAUGGAGGAUCGCUAUUCAGCCCUAGUCGAUAUUCAAGGCGAUUCUAAACAGGCAUUCUUUGGUGUUUUUGAUGGGCAUGGAGGAGCACAAGCUGCUGAAUUUGCGGCGAAAAACUUGGAUAGGAACAUUAUGAAUGAAGUGAAAAGGAGAAGCAACGGAGAAAUCAAAGAGGCAAUCAGACACGGUUACUUGACCACGGAUGAGGAGUUUUUGAAGGAGGAUGUUGGAAGUGGAACUUGCUGUGUGACAGCAUUGUUACGGAAUGGCGAAUUAGUGGUCUCAAAUGCUGGCGAUUGUCGAGCUGUUAUGAGCCAUGGAGGAAUUGCUGAGGCCCUCACAAUUGAUCACCGACCUUCGUGUAGUGAUGAAAGGGACAGGAUCGAAAGACUGGGUGGUUAUGUGGAUUGUCGCAAUGGUGUUUGGAGAAUACAAUGUUCUCUUGCUGUAUCAAGAGGACUCGGGGAUCGACACCUUAAACAAUGGGUUAUAGCUGAACCAGAGACAAAAAUUUUGAGGAAUACACCUGAAUGCGAGUUCUUAAUCCUUGCUUCUGAUGGACUUUGGGACAAGGUUAGUAAUCAAGAGGCAGUAGACGUAGUUCGCUCUUUAUGCGUAGGUCUUGAUAAUCCGGAGCCAUUGUCUGCAUGUAAAAAGCUUGCUGACCUAUCAGCAACGAGAGGUUCCGCAGACGAUAUAAGUGUGAUUGUGAUUCAAUUAGGCCACUUCGCUGAGUGAUUCAUUGUAGGAGGUAGUAAUUCAGUUCGUGGACAGGCAAGUUAUUUAGCUGCAAGUGUUUUGUUUUAUCUAACCUGCAGCCUGAGAGGAAGCCUGUCAACCUAGAUCCUUGUAGGAAUUUUUACUACUUAAUAGUAAAAUGCCAUCAAUGAUGGUUCUGAUUUUAACAAUGACACUCAUUAUCCACAAAGGCAUUGUAUUGGAAAAGGCAUCAAUCAAUUUUAUGAUUAUAUCAUA